CUCGUGUACUAAUUUGAAUGCCAAAGUGCUGCGUGAGUGGCUCACCUUCACAAGUCUUCAUUCCUUCUCCGUUCGCUCUGACGGCCACUACAACGUUCCAAUAUGUGGAUACUAGUACUCUCAGCAUGUGUCCGCCUUCUCCAUGCUGCCCCAUGCGAGGAUAGCGAAUAUAGACGAAAGAUUAUGUGGUAUUUUGACAAAAGCGAGCAAACAUGCUUUGCCUACCCUAUGAGUUGCGAAACGCAAUUCAAAGUGGAAGAUGAAUUUUAUGCCAGUGAGGAAGAAUGCACUUUGAAGAAAAUGCCGAAUAGUUGGAAGAAAUUCACUAUGUCGUGCCCAUAUGAUACUCAGCUAGCGGUUUUUCGGCGUAGUAAUGGUGACUUUGUUCCCUACAUAUUCUCUACUUCACUUUGUCGAAAAAACAAUGGAAUAAUGAAGUCAGACUUUUGCACUCUGCGCGAAUACUGUUAUGCACACGAGCACUUUGCCUUUUGCUGUUCGAGAAAAGCGUUCACGGGAGAUGAACCAGGUAGUGGAGUGUUCACGCUGUCUGGAAUAGGAGGACCUCAAAAGCAUCUAGUAGACGCUGCCAUUUUUGCGCCACCAGUGAAACCACCAGUUGACUGCAAUACGGAAGGUGAUCGAUAUGCUCUUGAGUGGUAUCCUCGUACUGGUGUGGGUUGUAUCGCAAGAAGAUCUGAUUGCAAAACACCAGCAUUUUCCGUGGAUCAGGUUCUGGAUACAUAUCCCACUCAGCAGCAAUGUAUGGACGCAUAUUUUGCAAACUGGAGAUUCACGUACACAUUAAAGUGCAUGGAGGGAUUUGCGCCAGUAAAAGUCGGUGAUAGCCCCCUUAUAUUCAGCAAAUCACUCUGCGCCUCUGCGCACCACUCGGAUGUUUGCAACCGGGAUGAACGCUGUGCUUUCCAGCACAAAAACACAACUUUCGCAUUCUGCUGCUAUAGGUCACCUGAAGCCUCUAGCAUGUCAUACACCAUCUACGGAAGCAAGUAUGUGGGAAGCGAUGUUAAAAAAGAGCCUCUUCUCUCAUAA